UCAGGGUUACGUGCAUUUAUAAAUCUUCUACAGGAAAUGGCUAAGGACUAUAAGUUGACACAGAUGUAUAUGCCUUUUUAUGCAGCAUGUAUAUCUACUACUUUGGGAUUUUUGUUCUUUUUUCUAUCGUUUUCUAGUCCAUACUGGUUGCAGUCAUAUGAUCGCGUACACAGUUCUUUCCUGCAUAUGGGGAUAUGGUCGGUGUGUUUUGAUAAAUUUGUGCAUCCACAAGACUAUCAUGCCAACGUACUGACAGGCUGUUUCUGGGUCUAUGAUCGUUUCUUCUUCAAAAUUGGUAUUUGGCAGUGGCUAAAUCCUUAUUGGUUAAUCGGGGUUCAGGUUCUGAUGACGAUAGCUUUCACCACAAAAUGUUGUGUUAUACUGAUUCUUGUAUUAUAUCAUCUUUUGUUUGGUCACCCGGCAGCUGAAUCAACAAUGGCGCUUGUGGGUGAAGUAUUUAUCGCACUUCUUCUAACGAUAAGUAUCUUAUUAUUUGGUAUCAGUUCUCAGAGUAGAAUAUGGAUGCCAAGACCUGAUCAAUACUUUCUUUCUUGGUCAUUUGGUUUUAUUAUAUUGGCAGCCAUAUGCUCAUAUAUAUCAGCAGGUUUUCUUUACUGUGUCAGUUAUACAGACAGAGCUGCUCAAGAAGAAGUUGAAAAAUAUGAAGCUGUCGAAACAAACUACGGUAUGCCAAGCAUGUUGUCUGGUCGUAUAGGAAGUGGUGGAUUGUACAGUGGAGCUCUAAGCGCUAUCGGUGGAGCAGGAGGUGUUGUUGUUAAAGUCCCGUCAACUGGAGCUCGUCCGGAACAGGUAAUCGCAUUAAAUUCUGACCUAAGACGUAUGGAGGCAGGGCAUGAAAGCAUGAGUUUAUUCUCGCCUAGUGUUGCUUUCGCAUCGAAUAAUCGUUAUGAAGGUGAAGAAAGUUCAAGAUUACCUGAAAAUCAAUUGAGUGAUAAUGAAUCGCAUACAUUUUCUCCUGUUGAGGAAGUGAACGUAGCCAAGAGACACCGUUGUACGUGAAUCGCCCUGCUACACGACAUAACAGUCGAGGGAUACCACGAUCAAAUAAUUCUUCCUCCUCACCUGAUGGUAAAUCGUAUUCACCCUUAGAACAAGAACAAGAUGAAAGUCAAAGUAUGCUAUCAGAUAACGCUGAUAGUCAGCAUACAACUGUAUACCGUGAUUAUACACCGCCUAGGCAUUCAUUACCAAUGUCACAGAGAAGUUAUAACCCAACAACUCGUUACCCUCGUUAUUAAUAUUUUUUGUUGUUGAAGUUUCUUCCACAAAAUUCUACAUAUCAUUUUACGGAAAUUGACCAUAUUGUAUAGUGUUUUAAUUACUUAUUCUACAAUUUUAAAAAUACAUGUGACCUUGAGUAUAAAUUACUUUCUAUUGUAUAUUGAAUCCUUUAUAGGCUUUAUGAUUAACUCAUCAACUG